UAAAAAACACACAAAAUUCUCACUCACACUCAGAGAGAUGGCUUUAGGAAUACAGCACGUGUUGGGGUUUUCACCCAAUGGUAAACUAUUUGCCCUCAUCAAUGACCAAGGUAUCCUAAGGAUCUGGGAUACCGAUACUAAUGAAUUAAAACAAGAAUAUACCCCAAAUUUACAUUUGUCUGGACCCUGCUCAGCUUUGGUAUGGAUAUCGGUGGCAGCCACUUCCGCAGCAACACAAGACAAAAAGAAAAAGGCUAGAAAAUCUUCAAAUGUCAAAGAAUCUUUGUAUAUAGCUUUGGGCACCAGCAAAGGACAAGUCUCUUUAUAUUCCUAUAAUGAAGCCAAGAUCGAACGCAAUCUUAAGGGUGAAGGACACAGUGGAAAAAUUACUUCUAUUAUUAGCGAUACACAAGGCAGACUUUUCACCUGUGGCGAAGAUUGUCAGGUAGUGAUAUGGUCUAUAGCUGAGGAGAAACAAUUGGCCAAUUGGUCGGUAGGACCAGAAAAACCCUUUAGCAUAAACUAUAUGCCAGUUUCCAAUACAUUGGUAGUGGGUUCUCGUACCGUUAAAGUAUACUCGGUGGAAACUCAAGAAUUAGUGCAAACCUUUACUGGUCACACCUCCGAAAUCAAUUUUAUGGAAUCGUUUGUAUUUGGCGAUAAAAUAGAAUAUGCCUUGACCACCUCACGCAUGGAACGCAUUAUUUGUUUGUGGAAAAUUGGCAAAAAAGGUAGAAAUAAGGCUGCCGCUUGUACUUUACUAAUGGAAGAUAUAGCACAUUGUCUGUCGUGUCAAAUGGAAGAGGAGGGUAAACUAAAAGUGUCCAGUGUAACACGUAGUGGUGUUAUACAUGUUUAUGUCAUAGAUUUAGAAAGCAUUAAAGCCGAUAAACCGAUCAAACCUAAACUUACCAUAAGCAUUGCCUCCGACAGUGCCACCGUUAUAGAACCUAUAUCUGCUGUGGCCUCCUCCCUCAAACAUGCUGCCAAACCGGGUGAACUACUCUUUGCCUAUGGCGAUAAACAUUUUAUGGUCUUCGAACAGUUAAAACCAAAUUUCAGUGAAAAACUACAAGUUUUGGUGCGUAAAGAUCCCAAAAGUUUAUUAAAAGCUAAAAUGGGCGGUAAAGGUGAUAAAACCUCCUCGGAUGCUGCUUUAAAAAUCCUUACACCCAUUAUCAAUAACAAUGAUGUAGAUUAUAAGUCAGCCUUAACAGUUUCAAAGAAAAAAAUCAAAUCCUUAGAUAUGCCAAUGGAAUCAAGGCUGCAAAAUUUGAAUUUAAAUGCUCCCGACGGAAAGGUGGUGCCUCAGUCUCAAAGUAAGGUACAACUGCUGGUACAAUCGCUGCACAGUAAAGAUGCUGAACUUUUGCGUUCCGUUUUAUUUACAAAAGAUAUGCAAACCAUACAGCUUACCUUGCAAAAACUACCCGUGCAAUAUGUGGGCACACUGGUCAAUGAAUUGACAUUGUUAAUGCAACAGAAACAUGCCAACGUUGAAUUUGCCAUGAAUUGGUUAAAGGUUUUGGCCCAAACUCAUUCCAGUCAAUUGAUGGCUUUGGGAGCCGAUGAUUUACUUAAUAAAUUUGGUCCCUGCAUUGGUAUAAUUGAACAUCGUGCAAAUUGCCUAAAGGAAUUGUCAAAACUUAAUGGUCGACUUCAAUUGUUGGUCAGUCAAAUAAAACGCAAUACCCAGGAGGAAGACAAUCUUAAAAGUGAUAAUGUUUUAGUAUUCGAAGACAAUGAUGAUUCCUCAAAUUCCGAUUUGGAUGAUGCCAUUAACAAAUCUUCCUCAGAUGAUGAAUGGGAAGAAGGAGCUGAGAAUGAUGAUGGUGAUGAUGACGAUGAUGAAGAAGAGGAACAAGAAAAUGGUGAUGAAAAUAUGGAGGAAGACGACGACGAAGAUGAUGAUGAUGAUGAAGAUAUGAAAAUGUAAAGCAGUUUGUUUUUUUGUCUUUCAUCGUUUGUUAAGUUAAGUUUUGCAAAUAAUAAAAAUACAUUUAUUGUAAGUACAAUUAUGA